CGGUACUGAUGACAAAUUGUUGGUCCUUCCCUGCUGUGGAUCGACCUGGUUUUUCCAGUUUAAGGCAAAGUAUAGAAGCGCUACUGCCGAUCGCGGACAGGAAUCGUGUCCAUUCUCGUCAUAACGAUUGUCGGAAUCUUGUCGAAUUUGCUGAUCCUGAUAUUGUUACUAAAAUCUAAUCCCGGACAAACGCCGUUCAACAUGUACCUCAUCAAUCUGAUUUUAGCCAACUUUUUGCAUUUUAUCACCGCGGCACCUUUGGAUCUGAGCACGACAUUAAUGGGCAACUGGCCGCUAAAUUACGCCGCCUGUACAUUCUGCCUAUACGCCGGCUACAUCAUCAACGCGGCCAUCCCGCACAGCCACAUGUUGGUCACCCUCAACCGUAUCUGGGCCGUAACCUUUCCUGUCAGCUACCGGCACUAUCAUACCGGAGCCAUGGCUGCCAGCCUUUGCCUGGCUAUGUGGCUGUACAUUCACGCGCUGCUGCCGCCGCAAUUGAUUCGUGAUGCAUUGUAUUAUCGUUUUCAGCAGAAUGUGCCAUUUUGCUGGCUGAAUGCGGAACAUCCGGCACAGUGGCGGCUGGUGCUCUUCACCGAGUUCUGGUGCUACAUUGUACCGCAGACCGUAAUGUUUACCGGUUAUCCGUACAUUAUGUACAAACGCCGUCGGCGUUUGCAGUUUUCAGCAGAGCGACGGGACGGUACACAGCCUAGCGGGACGACAAACCCUCCUGCGUCAAAGAACCUGGUGGCCGCGCCAGCUAGUCGCCCAUCCACCGGCUACAGAGUGCUGACCAUCCUGACUUUAACGGCAUUUGUCUGUUGGAUUCCCAGCAUGGUGUACUUCAAACUGAAUUUAUUGAACGGAUAUCAGAGUGCUCUUUUCUAUCAAGUGGGCGGGACAAUGGUGUUACUGCAGGCUGCAGCCGACCCAUUGUACAUCGCCCUCAGCGUAAAAGGCAUUCGUGCAAUAUUGAAGACCAUGAUUUGCUGUGGAACAUAG